AUGUAUAGUUUCAAGGUGAAGACUUGCUCAAGGGGUUACUCUCAUGAUUGGACUCACUGUCCAUUUGUUCAUCCAUGUGAGAAUGCUAGAAGGAGGGAUCCAAAGAAGUACCUUUAUAGUUGUGUUUCGUGCCCCGAGUUUCGUAAAGAGACAUGCCACAACAAAGAUGCGUGCGAGUAUUCACAUGGUGUUUUUGAGUCCUUUCUCUGUCCUUUACAAUACAGUACAAGGCUUUGUAAAGAUGAGAUAAGAUGUUCUAGAAAAGUGUGUUUCUUUGCACAUAAACAUGAAGAGUUGAGGCCUUUGUAUGCUUCUACUGGUUCAACUAUGCCUUCAAAAGAGUCAUUACCAACUUCAAAUGUUUCAACUCCACUUAUGUUUCCAUUAAUAGUUGCUUCAACUCCCAACAGUGUAACCUUGUGGCAGAAUGAAAUUAGCCUUACUCCACCUUCUUUCAGUGGUGAAUUCAAGAUCUUCAGCAUUUUCAACAUGAAGCCAAAGUUUUAUGGACCGCAGUAUGUUGAAGGCCUUCUAGCAGUGGUGGCAACUUGCAAUGACUUACGUGAGCUUCGAGUUUUUACUGUGGAUGUGAGGGAGGAAGCUGAAGGUCCUGUUUCUCAGGUUGGCUUAGAAGCCAUUUCACGAGGUUGUAGAAAAUUUGAAUCGAAAUUGUUUUUCUGUUAG